CCGCGGGGCCGGGCCAUGGAGAGCCCCGGCGGCAGCGGCUCCCUGAGGGGCGACAUCGGUUUCUGGGCGGACCGGACGCCGGUGCACGAGGCCGCGCGGCGCGGGGAGGCGGCGCGGCUGCGGCAGCUGAUCGAGAGCGGCGCAUGCGUCAACGCCGUCACCUACGACUCCAUCACGCCCCUGCACGAGGCCAGCCUGCGCGGGCAGGCGCAGUGCGUGCGGCUGCUGCUGGAGGCGGGCGCGCAGGUGGACGCGCGGAACAUCGACGGCAGCACGCCGCUGUGCGACGCCUGCGCCUCGGGCAGCCUGGAGUGCGUGCGGGUGCUGCUGGCGCACGGCGCCAAGGUCAACCCGCCGCUCUACACGGCCUCGCCGCUGCACGAGGCCUGCAUGAACGGCAGCCCCGAGUGCGUGCAGCUGCUGAUCGAGGUGGGCGCCAACCUGGAGGCGCACGACUGCCACUUCGGGACCCCCCUGCACGUGGCCUGCGCCCGCGAGCACCUGCGCUGUGCCAAGCUGCUGCUGCAGGCAGGCGCCAACGUGAACGCGGCCAAGCUGCACGAGACGGCGCUGCACCACGCGGCCAAGGCCCGCAACGCCGCCCUGGUGGAGCUGCUGGUGGAGUUUGGGGGCAACAUCUACGCCCGGGACAACCGCGGCAAGAAACCCUCGGACUACACCCGGAGCAGCGGCCCCGCGGCGCGCUGCUGCGAGUUCUACGAGAGUGAGCGGGGAUGAUCCUGGUGCUGGCAACUCGGGCAUCAGAUCCCUUUUUUAUUGGGAAUUGGGUCAUCAAAUCC